AGCUCCAUAAUUUCCUUGGUUGUUUGUUUUUCACUUUCCCGCGAGCGACACAACCCAGAAUCUACUCAUGACUGCACUUUUGCCCUUUUAGAGAGAGAUAGAGAGAGAAGGAGAGAACAAACAAAGCAAAAGUCUCUUUCUUCUUCUUCUCUUCUCCCAGACAGAGGAGAGAGAGAGAGAGAGAAGGGGGUGGGUGGCCUAGAAACCUAGAAGAAAGGAAAACGACGCCGUUGCACCACCGACGAUGAAGCUCACCGGAAACUGUGCCGCCGCGGAAUGUACUGCUAACAGUGGUAGCAAUGGCGGGGCGGUGGUGGUGGUGGGAGUGAAAAUGGAUUCUCGGAGCAAAGAGCUUCUGACUUGGGCGUUGGUUAAGGUAGCCCAGACCGGAGAUCGCAUCAUUGCUCUCCACGUUCUUGAUCCCGACACCGAUAAAUCGGAGAUGCUAAGACUGGUGAAGACAUUUGAUUCCGUUCUGGCUGCUUAUGAAGGCUUCUGCAACUUGAAGCAGGUUGAUCUGAAGCUCCGGGUGUGCAGAGGGUCUCCGGCCCGGAAAAUUCUUGCCCGGGAGGCAAAGACUUACAGAGCUACGGAUCUGAUAGUGGGCACUUCCGGCAGCCGCCACGCCGUCCGAUCACCGGUGUCAGUUGCAAAGUACUGUGCCAGGAAUGUUGACAAGAGCAUCUCAGUUCUUGCUGUUAAUAAUGGGAAAGUGGCUUUCCAAAGUGAACCCAAUGUUUCAAUUGGCCAUGAAUUUUGCCCUCAGGAAAUGCCAGAAUCAUCAAGGUUUAAGAGGAGGAAGAUGUUCACUAAAAGCCCUUUGGGUGCUGAGUCUAAUUCUCUGGCUUUGGUUCCUGUGAGGGUUGUGAAUGUGCCUGAAACAAAGUCUGGGUGGACAUUGCUUAGAAGGGUUUUUCUUCAAACCCAGAAAGAUUCUGGAAAUUCUCCUGCAAAAAAGUUGUCUGUAGUACAAUGGGUUCUGAAACUACGAGGAGGGCGACAAUCUUUCCCGGCUAUCUACCCCGAUCAGAAGCAAAUUAUAUCGGGAGAUCCCGAGUGCCAUUCUGAUGAAAACAAUGGUGCAAUUGUACCCGUCCCGAGUCACGCUGGCUCUCUAAUUUCCAAGGAAUUGGAGGGCGUUUGUGCAAAGUAUUCGUCGGUUUGCAGAUUGUUUAGCUACCAAGAACUUCUGUCUGCAACGUCUAAUUUCAUGUCUGAGAAUUUGAUUGGCAAAGGGGGCAGCAGUAACGUUUACAAAGGAUGCCUUCCCGACGGGAAGGAACUGGCAGUGAAAAUUUUGAAGCCCUCGGAAGAUUUGGAGAAGCAAUUCUGCUCCGAGAUAGAGACUCUUACAGCUUUGCAUCACGAAAACAUUAUUUCACUUUUCGGGUUCUGCCUUGAAGAAAACAAUCUUCUGUUGGUUUACGAUCUGUUAUCCCGAGGAAGCCUCGAAGAUAACCUCCAUGGUACUCGAAACGUCGGGGGUUCGUUUGGUUGGCAGGAUAGAUACAAGGUUGCCUUGGGUGUUGCAAAGGCGUUGGACCAUUUGCACAAUUCGACUAAUGGACCCGUGAUUCAUAGGGAUGUAAAAUCGUCGAAUAUUCUCCUUUCAAACGAUUUCGAGCCAAAGCUGUCCGAUUUUGGGCUUGCAACAUCGGCUUCGAGUUCUUCGUUCCACUUAGAUGGUGUUGAUGUUGCUGGAACGUUUGGAUACUUAGCUCCUGAAUAUUUUGUGCAUGGAAAAAUAAACGAGAAAAUUGAUGUAUACGCGUUAGGUGUUGUCCUGCUCGAACUUUUAUCGGGUAAAAAGCCGAUUGAUAACACAAAUGCCAAGGGCCAAGAAAGCUUGGUGCUGUGGGCAAAACAAAUUCUGAAGAAUGGAAAAGCUACAGAAUUGCUAGAUGCGAGCUUGCUUAAUGCAUAUGACCACGAUGAGUUUGACCGAAUGGUUUUGGCUGCGACGCUUUGCAUAAGAAGAGAACCUAUUUUUCGUCCUAAAAUUGACAUUGUUGUGAAACUUCUCGAAGGUGAGCCCGAAACAAUUCAAUGGGCGAGGCAAAACCUCAAUAGUGGCGAUGAAGUAGAUGAAGUUGGCGGUGAACAGCCUGCAUCGAGCAUCCAAUCUUUUAUUAAUCUUGCAUUGUUAAAUUUGGAGGAUGAUUCCCUCUCGAUUACUAGCUCCGACCAAAACAUAUCUGUAGAUGAUUAUUUGCGGGGCAGAUGGAGCCGAUCUUCGAGCUUCGAUUAGAGACAUUCUUAAAGCGGAUUUUCCUUGUAAAUACACCCAUUUGGUCUUGGAUGAGAGGUAAGCAAGCUAAUGACCUCCUCCUUGCCGGUUCCAAUUUGAAGUCCUCGGGUUUUAAAGUUUUGGUACACUUUGUACUGUUUCAUUUGGAUCCCGGAUUUCGUCCAAGUGUAAAGCAUGUUUGAAUGAGCAUGAUGAACCAAUGCCCAUGUGAUUGUGAAAUAGUUUAAUUCAAGAGCUACCCAGAAUCUUGUUCCUUUCUUGGCUUGUUGAAAAGACUCCCUUGUAGAAUCUUGGCUUUUUAUGGUGAUUUCUUGAAGAGAUGAUUGCCUGUGUAAAAACUAAAAGACAAUGUUGCUUCAUC